GAACUCGCCCAGGGGGGGGGGUCAAAAAACAGGAUUGACAUGUUAUUUGGUACAGUAUGUACAGGGCCCUUUUUUUUAUGGAACUUUGAGCAGGCAUCUGGGGCAGGCAUUGUUGGGAUUUUGUUGGCGUGGAGGGAUCGUCAUGAAGGUUUUCGUGCGACGUGUUGGAAGCGGGUUUCAAAGGCCCAAGGGGGACCACCUGGGCUGCGAGCUACUCUAACUUACUCUAUUGUAGGAAUCUCCCCGCGUCCCAUGUGAUGGCUACGGAGCGGCUACUGCAUGAAUGCAGGAAUGCGAACAAGCAGCUACUUGGACAUGGUGAAAAGCUCAUCACACCAUGAACCUCGGUCGUGUGCGCGUUUGAGUCUCGGAGGGGCAGAAACGGGUCUUAAUCAUUUUGAACAUUCCACCCGUUCUUUCCUGUAACUUACAGUAAUGGAGUGCGGCGGACCACCGGUGCUGCGCCGCACAUAUAGUAAAGGUGAAACACUACAGUACGGAGUACAGGUGUGAAUGAAUAGUGGAGCAUUGUAAAGUAAGGGAGAGCUGGUCGAGCUGGCCAUCGUUGUUCCCGAACCCAGCCAAAGGGUUGCCGCAUGGCUAUGUAUGGGUCGCUGCUUGCGACCCAUACAUAGGCUGCUUAUUAUAUCAUACGUACUCCGUACAUAAUCAUAUAAUCAUACUAUCAAUAGCUGGGACCCAUGCCGUGCAACAAAACAGUAGUACAGUGGUAGGAGUUACCCAGCUGGCUAGUGAGACUUUGCCCUUGCGCCGCAGGCUACAGUUUGUCAGUUUCAGUAGUGGUAGGUAGUAGUAGUGUGUUGGUGGUAGUGCAGAGUCAAGGAAUGCGAUGGGCUCGUUGCAAAUCCCCAGACGCUUCGUGUUUGGCUGGAUGCGCCAGCAAAUCGGUCUAACAGAUUACCACUGUAUCAAAUAGCAGCGGCGGCAGAUCAUGGCGACGCGCCCAGAGAGCAGACAUGUGGAGGCGCACAUGUAUGUCCACGUCAUGGUUCAAUGUUCAGUGGCAUCUGAGCCAUCGGAUCUGAUUAUCGUCAAACCACCACCCCACAUCUCGCACAGUAUGUGUUGGAAGUAAGUCAUGUUCAGCUGAGCUGGAGGGGCAAAAAUGCGGCCCUCACCGCCUACCCCAAAACCGACCAGGCCCCGGCCGGCGGUGACUGGCAUCUCUGCCUGCAUUGCAUGACCGCCUAAAUGCUGCAUUUCUGACUCUCGCGGUUUCGCAAACCACGAAACGGUGGCUGGCUAAGGUACCGAGUACGCAGUUCACGACUUGCACUUGCUGCAGGAUGCUGCAUCGAGGCUAAAAAGAAGCACAGUUCCUGCACCACUCAUCGGUUUGCGCCUCUUUCGAGGGGGGACGGAGGGGGGAACGCGGGCUGACGACGCUGACGACGCUGACGACGCUGACGGCGGCAUCAUCGGUGCAAUCUGACUUGUUUCUCGUUUCUCGGCGAGGGCUGGGUGGCGCAACCGCUGGCGCUGGGAUUUCUUCGUGUGUCUGCAGUUUGGUGGUGCUUACGUCGUGCGGAAGAUGGGGAUUACUCCACGAACCCAGAUAUAUCCAUCCACAUGUACUCUGCCGUAUCGUUACCCCCUUUACACCUUACACCUUCCCCAACCAUACCACACCGAGGCUUACUGAGUCUGGAAUGUGGGGUGAGCUUCGUCCCACCACCCCUCCAUCUCCGGCUGUAGAAAAACCAUGCAGGUCAUUCUCAUCAUACCCCGAGAUUUCGUGAACGGCUCGGCCCCGAGUUCUUUUUUCUUUUCUUUCCCCCCUGCUCCUUUUUUUCCCUUGGUGCUUGUGGGGCUUGUGGGAGCACGGGCUGGACCAAACUUAGAGCACAGCGCCACGAUCGCCAUAAAUGGAGAUUACUGUACGCUUCAGGACAAGGACACGGGUCUCGGCGGUGGUGGUUGGAGCGCCCGCCAGCCCGGCCAGCCAGCCAGCGACCAGCCAGCCAGCGACCAGCCAGCCAGCGAACAAACUUCCCAGCCGCCCAACGCGCUAUUGCCUAUGGUGGCUUGUGAUGAGCGAGAGGAAUGAAUGUGUGAGCGCCAGAGCCAACGCCAGCGCCAGCAGGCUUAGGACCAAGGAUAUUAUUAUAACAUGCAAGGAGAUGCAACGAUGCAUGCAUGCAUUACUCCGUAUAAUACUCCGUACGUUCCCCACUGCUCGUUCGUGCAACCCACCUUUGGACAACACCCUUGCUUGCUGCGGCUUGUGUGGUGCUGGGCAUGAAACCUCCAUGUCCAUCGUAAAUAUCCCAGGAGUUGUUAUGGCACUCACUCUCCCUUCCCUUCCUGUACACCACCGCCGCCCCGCUAGGUUGCUGAAGCCGUCCGUCUCCAUUCAUGCGAUCGCUGUUCGUUGUUUGACACUAUGGAUGGUGUACAGUCACCUAACUUACCCCGCCGUUCGUACUUGUAUCACUAUACAGGUCAGACAGGAGAGUAGCAGUACAGUACUUCGUACAGGGCGAGUACCACGGUCCUCCUUCUUCCCUAUUCCCUCUUCCCUCCAGGGCGACUACCACGGUCCUCCCUCUUCCCUUCCCUCUUCCCUCUUCCCUCUUCCCU